AUGCAUCGAAAUCCAAGUCAUGGCACUCAACUUCUACGGCGUUUUCUUCAACAAGCGGAAUCGUAUAAUCGAUGCAUGUUUCCAAAAACUUCUUCAACGCCGAUAAAUAAACCAGCGAAACAUGGUGAUGACUAUAUCACUGAACAAAUUCUCUUUUGUCAAAACGGAAUUGAUCAAAUGAAUAUUCGGAAUUCAUCAGUUAAAAAGACAUCUAACGAGGAAGUUUUAAUCGCCGAUGUAACAUCCAAUGGAUAUAAAUAUGAAACAUCAUCAUUGAAACUAAAUGUUAUUCAACAAUGUUGUAUUGUAUCCAUCAUUUCACCUUAUGCAUUUACAAUUCAAUUAACUCGAGAUCUGGUUGAAUGUGACGCUUUUUUCAAAACUGUGAACGAUUAUUAUAAUUCAAUCGAUGAUUUACAUAUUCCACGAGAAUAUCUGCGUAAAAACUUACUUUGCGUCACUUGGGACCCAACUGCAUCAGCUUGGAACCGUUCUCAAAUUAUGGAAUACGAUCUAGUUGACGAUACAGUCAAUGUCUUCUUCGUUGAUCUGAAUUCUUGGGAAGAGCACGUGCCACGGUCACGUUUACGUUUCAUCUUAACUAAAUAUUCCAAACGACCCGUUCGUUUGUUGACAUGUCGUCUAGCAGCGAUCACUCCUUUGAAUGGUCAUGAGUGGAAUAAUGUUGUAUUGAAAACGUUUCAAAACGUUGUUGACAAUUGUCAAUGCGAUGUUGAACCGUUGUACAAAGGACGGGAUAAUACGUUUUACGUGAAUUUAUUUGCUGCCCAUGAUGAAGCGUAUGUUUGCAUUAAUGAUUUUUUGAUACACUGCAAAAUGGCUCGACCAAUCGACGAUAUAUCCAAGGAGAAAAAUCAAGUCUAUGUGUUGGAUGAACAUGGUCAACCGAUGCAUUCGAUGAUUGCGUUGUAUUGGAAAGCUGGAGAAACAAUGCGUGAAAAUGAAAUUUGUGCGAAACCCAUCAAUGUUGAUCAACGUUCAUCAAUAUCGAGCGACUCAUCUCAAACGAAAUAUUCUCUAUCUAAUCUUCCAUUAACUAAAAUUGUUAUGAUCAAUUCAUAUGAACAAUUCAUUUUUGCAAGAUACAAUUCUUAUAUAAUGAUACCAGGUUUUACUAUUUCAAAUCUUCUCAAUGAACUUGAUGACGAGAAAAUCAAGCGAUUCGCAAAUAAACUAGGUUUUAAGCCGAUCACUAUCGAACUCUUUUCACACCCGGGACUCUAUUCACAAUUACUGAAAUUAGUAACAAAAUCUUUUACACCGAGUCAGAUUCAUUUAUACUCAAUCGAUUGUAUUCGAAAACUUUUGCAGAUGUGUGAAUGUACACAUGAAAAUCUUUAUGAAUUAUUGGAUCGAGCACGAUUAGCUGAAGCUAAAGACGAUCUAUCUUUCUGGGAGAAAUCGUAUAAACUUCAAUAG